AUUCUCUCUCUCUCUCAUCGCGUCACUGUUAGAUCUUCCAUUUUCCCGAUACCUUUAACGACGGCGAUCGACUGGGCUUGUGGACAAGGCGGCGCCGAUUGCGGUCCGAUCCAGCAAGGUGGACCCUGCAACGACCCGACGGAUAUCCAGAAGAUGGCGUCGUAUGUUUUCAACAAUUACUACCUGAAGAACGGCCUCGCCGACGAUGCUUGCAAUUUCGACAACAACGCCGCUCUCACUUCCAUCAAUCCCAGUCAAGGAACUUGCAAAUACCCUUCGAGUAAGGGAGUGAGCAAUGGUCGAGUCGCGGAUGACACAACAAUGGGCGCAGGACAAGCAGAUAUGAGCCGUGGCAGACGGAUUUCCAGAAGUUGGAUCUUGGCCUUCAUUGGGUUAUUGACGAUGACGCGGAUAAUUCAUCUUUAG